AUGACAAAAGAUGCCACGGCUCCUAAUCGAAGAAGGGCUAUUCGAAAGGUCAAUUACAAUGAAAGGGAUGCUGAUGAAGAUGUUGUUCGGCGAAUUCAGCUGAUGGAAAAGAAUAGAGAGGCGAGCACAGUAUCCGCUGCAAACAAAGUCAAAGUACCGAAAGGUAAGCACCAGGAGUAUCUGAACAAUAAAAGCAUAGCCUGGAACUUUAUUCCAACCCUUCCCACUACUUUUAGAAAACACAGCCGUUUUUCUAACAUCCUGGAUCUGGAGAACGCAGAGGUGGAUGUCAAGAAUGACAUUUUGAGCAAUGGCCCAUCUGUACUUCUAAAGCGAGAUGACCACAUUUAUAUGGUCUCUGAGCCUCCUGGUGAGCCUUACUAUAUUGGUAGGAUAGUACAGUUUGUGCCCAAGGCAGAGUACAGCCAGCUGAUUGAAGAAGGCAAGAAAUAUACAACCUCGUUUCCCGCACGAUAUUUCCAGGCAAAGAUGAACUGGUACUACAGGCCGCGUGAUGUGCAGGAGAAGGCCCUGAAUGUAAACCCCAGACUAGUCUACGCAUCGCUACAUAUGGACUUGUGUCCGCUACAUUCCUACCGCGGAAAAUGUACCGUGGUUCACAAGACAACGCUCGACCUACCGGAUGAAGCUCAAUACGAAACCCUCAUGAAACCUAACACGUUCUUUUAUGAACAGCUUUUUGAUAGAUACACGCUGCAAUACUACGAUGUGUGGAAUACUAAGAAGCAACUUCUGCCGUUGGCACCCAAUUCCACUUAUAUUUCCACUUUAGCUAAACUCUAUCCCUUCGUUUUUGUUGAGGAACAGUAUCCUUUGCAACAAGUCAUCCAGAAAUACGUAUUGGGGAAAAAGGUGCCUAACGAGAGGAAUUGGGACUUAAAGUGCGCCGAGUGCGGUGGCUGGUGCGAAAAGAAUCAGUGCGUGCAAUGCGACGAAUGCCAUCUCACGGUGCAUCUCUAUUGUUUAGACCCACCUCUUGAGCGUCGGCCAGCGAAAGGUGUCAUUUGGGUCUGCUCCAAAUGCCUCAGUCAUAGUAAUAACGACCAAGGGAAUAAUAAUUGGGAGCCAAUUGAUGACAAGCUUACGAACUUCAGCCAGUCUGCAUGCCUAGCAAAACUAACAGAAAAUAUCUGGUUUCAUUAUCUAGGCUCAAAGAUUGUGGACAAUCUCAUAGAUGUAUUGUCUCCGGAGCUCUUACUUGCAUAUCCGAUUAAAAAGUUAAGAACUGGCUCAAAAUAUCAGUGGAAUGGGUGUGAAAGAGAAUCCUGGAAACCAAUGCCUUACGAGGAGAUAGACAGUGGUCGGGGAGCCGAUGACGAAGCGGGGCUCUUAUGGAGAAGUAACGACAAUAAAAUAAGCGAGAGCGAACUUGACAAAUACGUUGAUAAGUGUCAAAAAAAAUUCCCAGAAAAGCUUCAGAUUUUGCCCCAGGCUUGUAAUUUUUGGGAUAUGAUUCUGAACACCCUGAUGUUGAAUGACUACAAUGCUGCUGCUUCACUGAAAGUCUGCGCAAGAAAGCUCUCACGAGAAUCGCUGCGAGAGCCCACUUUCAGUGAAAAAGAGAUAAUCAAGUUUGAAGAGGGAAUUGCCAAGCACGGAAGUGAACUGCACCCCGUGUGCAAGCACGUCGGCACUCAAUCAAUGGGUAUGAUUGUGCGCUUUUACUACUACUGGAAGAAAACCCCCAAUGGGAGACGAAUCUGGGGGAACUUUGAAGGUAGGAAAAAGAACCAAAACAAGGGCCUGAUGGGAUCUAAAAAGAAGACGGAAGACAUCAACAAGCUGCCGAGAGUUCGCAAACCCUCCAAAAUAUCUAAAGAAAUUGAAACUGCCAAAAGCAAGGAAUGGAAACAUAUUGACGACUCUUCUUUCGACUCCGAAAAGAUCUCAACUCUGAAAACUUACUUCAAGUGCAUGUUUUGCGAAGUAGAUUAUUCGCCACUGUGGUAUCGUGUAACGGGUGGUUGCGACGAUGAUCAUAUUAAAACAAGAAUGAUCACAGGCGUCAAUGAAAAAACGUCAACAUCCGACAAGCUUCCACGCCGCGCUCACCACAGUGACUCCAGCCCACAGCUCGAGGCACUUUGCAUCAGAUGUGCUCGUCUCUGGCGAAGAUAUGCCGUCAAAUGGCUCAGCCCAAUGGAUGUGGUAAAAAAACUGAAUGGAAAAUACUCUUCCAGUGUACGAGCCGCACUGGAUCUGUUAUUGUCCGAAAGCAACGACACAACAAUCAAAGUUCCUCCAGGCGUUUUAUCUGAAAAAUGCGUGGAAUGGGAACUAGUCCAAGACGCGGAACUGAUCAUUAAACAACGUUUACAUAUAAUUCAGGAUCCCGACCGAUUCGCGAAAAUGAAACGUAAUUGUCUUUCGGUGCAUGCGCAGCUAAACAAAGUGGUUAAGCGCCUUGUUGAAAAAGACGGCCACUCUGAAGAAAGGAUGAUGCAGAAACUGGAGAAUUUCAUCGGUGGGCUGGUAUCGGAGGCCCAAAAAGAGGAGAAGAAGGCAAAACUAAAAAAGAUCAGAGAGCAAGCUGCGCAAAAACGAAUAAAACUUACAGCACAGGGUUCUCCGAAAACUGCUGUGAACCAUUCUCAAACGGAUAAUAAAAUACUACCCACCGGCGAGACUCUCAAAAAUGGUAUCGUGAAAGAACCGCUGCCAAAGGAAAAGAAAGCAGAAGCACGUAUAAAGCAAGAACUUUGGGUUCCUACCGGUGAUAAAGUAGUUGACGUUUUUGUUGGCGGAGGAAAGAAUAUGAUCGGCCAAAUUAAAGUGGACGAAAAUUUUGAGACUUUGCGUCUUUCCGAGGAUCUGUACAUGUACGUCUUCAAGCUUGAUCAACAGUCAGAAAGCCCCAUUGUGCAGCAUCAACAAAGAGCUACUGAAGAAAAAAAACGGCAAGAUAAGUUGAAACCAUCGAUGCCGAAUGAACUGUCGAAAUCUCCGGACUACUCUACGCUGCAAAUCACAAAUGCUUCAAAUAUUCCAGUCAUCAGCGAUCACAAUUUCGCUGCAAUUUUGGAUGCUUACCAUUCUCACAAUCCGUUGUACCACGAGUGGUCCCAGGGUAGACUUCCCAAAUUUAAUUACGAUCAGCUCAUGAGAAUAACAACGAGCAAAAAUGUUGUAGUGUCAAAUCACAUAGGGCGGCGUGCAAAGUCACCCUUUCCAGCCACGAAUGCAAUUGAAGAAGAUGAAACUGCGGAGCGGCGGGACUUUUGCUGUGUCUGCUUGCAAAAAUUCCGAGAAGAUCGGGAUGAGGAAAUUAAUUGCAGAAACUGUGGCCUAAAUGUUCAUUACUUCUGCUAUGGAGUAGACGUACCAGAUCGAAGCAGGACGCAAAAAGAGCGAGGUUCGUUAAAAAACUUCCAGUGGCUGUGCGAUCCUUGUACUAAUAACCUGAACCCUAUUUUUACAGACGACUAUCAAUGCUGUCUGUGUAACGCGCGAGAAGUUGAUCAUGAGGGUGCUCGAAUGCAAUUGAGGAAAUCGACACCAGAUGCGUUGAAGGUCACAUCCACUGAACAGUGGUGCCAUGCGAGUUGUUCUCUCUUGAACGACAGUAUCGUUUACAACGCACCUGCAAAGCUUCAAUGUGCUAGCAAUAUCACCGACACACUACUUAAAAAUGAAAAGAUGGUUUGUGCAUUAUGCGAUGGAAUUGGGGGCGGGCUUGUCAAGUGUGCAUUCUGCCCCGUGCAAUGCCAUGUAACUUGUGCACAAGACUCAGAAGCCUACAAGUUCAGAUUUCUCAAAACACCAGCAACCCACAAAUCAGAAAAGGCAAAGAUUUUGGAGAUUGACGGCGGCCUUUUCGAAAUUAAGCCAAUCUUGGUCUGUCCAGAUCAUGUCGAGAUGUCAAUGGGCAGCCAUUUACCGUUGGAUCACAGAACCAAGCGUGGCAUAACACUACUUGAGUUUUACUGCAAAAACUACAAAACUGCGAAAGAGCUGGAGGUUGGACCCGUUAAAAUGGCCGUGGCUGAAAUGAGGGCGAGAACCCCCAAGCCGUCCGACAUGUCAGGGCGCGAGGACGGAAUUGAAAAAGCUUUCGCGGAGUCGAUUGUUGCUCAAGAAAAACAGUGCGUGCAUUGCAACUGUCGGAUUUCUAUCUUUUGGUAUGGCGACGUGUGCCACUCGUGUCACAAUAACAUACCAAGUCUCGACGCCGGUUUACUUUCGGAGGAGGAAGAACAUGACAACGAAAACCAUGAAUUUGAAAGACUUAGAGUGCUGAAACUUGAAGAAGAGUUUUUGAAGGACAUUAUUGUUGAGCCAUCAAGUGUGCGAAGUGCGACACCGUCUCGUGUAAAAAGGCCUCGAGCCUCUGGCCCGUCCAAAGGGCGAAAAAAGACCAAAAACUUAAAGGAAGAAGGACCAGUGCUGCUUCCGGAAAAUACAUCUGUUGUGGUGCAGAGCCCUCUUGAAAAAAGCGGGCAGAUUACGAAAAUUACCUAA